AUGAUAGCAGGCUUCAUCGACUCUGUGACAACACCAAUCAAAACUUGGUUAGACAUGGUGCUCACCAGUCCGGACCACCACAAAACAACCAGCAUGGUGCUGAAGGAGGUGGGUGCUUGUAGCUCUCGGGUUGAUUGUAUUGUGUGUUUGUCAGAGGUGGCUUUGGGAGAAAGGUUGGCAGUGCUAGAAAGGUGUAGACAUGGGUUUCAUGUUGAGUGUGUGGAAGCAUGGUUGAAAGAUCAUCCAAACUGCCCACUGUGUAGAACCCCUAUUUCGGGUGCAAAUGAAGAUACCCACAAACACAAUGUUUACUUAAAGAAGUUGUAUGCGAUGAUGAACUAUUAUGGCUUCCGUGCUCUUGAGACCAUGGCCAGUUGGCUAACCAAUUCAUUUAGCAAGGGUCUCCACUCCAGUCUUUCCCAGAGCUGCAGUUACUUGUGA